CUACAGCAUGGUCGGUGCUAUCCUCGCCGGCGGGGGCUUCGCGGCAACGAGCGUGCCGCUAUACUGGUAUGGGCUGGGCAGGGACAUUUGGACUGUGCCAUUUGAAGACAUUACCAAGAUGCUGAUCGGGUACUACCACGGCGAAUGGGUCUAUGCAGUCGCCAUCUUCUUUACCAAGAUGUCUCUGCUCCUCUUCUACCUCAGAGUUUUCCCGGUUCGCAACAUCCGGAUUCAGGUCUACGUCCUGAUGGGAUGCCUCGUCACAUACAGCAUCUUGGCCGUCGCGGUGUCUUGCAACCAAUGCCGGCCUGUGUGGGGUGCGUGGGAAUACUGGCAUGGCGAGGCAGACAUCUCUUGUCUCGACCGCAAUGCCCUUGGCUGGGCGUCAGCCGUGGUGAACAUGUCACUUGACAUUGCCAUCAUCGUCCUGCCCCUGCGGCCGCUAUCAAAGCUCGCCAUGUCAAAGAGGAAGAAGGCUCAGGUCAUCAUCAUGUUCAUGGUUGGUACAUUCGUCACCGUUGUCAGCAUUGUCCGCCUGCAAUCCCUCAUUCACUUUUCCCACAGCACCAACCCAACGUGGGACUACCGCGAGAUGGGGUAUUGGAGCCAAAUCGAGGUUCAUGUCGGCAACGUCUGCGCUUGCAUGCCAGCGACAUACUCGCUGCUCAAGAAGGCGCUGCCUUCUAUCAUGGGCAGCUCUGGCGUCAAGUCCAAGGACACUAUGCAAAGCGACGAUACUGGAGGCUAUCUGUCGCACUCUUCCAAGCCGACUCGCAUCAAGGAGGAUCAUGAGCAAAACUUUGUUCGGCUGCAGGACUUUGAGCCCGGCAAGGGCGCGGUUAGGGAGGCCACUUCUACCGCUUGAUUUUGUGUUCAUAACUGGCUGUGCGUUAUUUCAGACCAGG